AUGAAGGCUCAUCAUGUCCUCCUUUUUUUAAGGAUUCUAAUGGUAUUCUUCUGUAUAUGGGUGUUAAUAUGUGGAGCAAUUAUGGCAUCACAUUAUUCAUACGGUAGCCGUGAAACGUUGAUCAUUGCCAUAAUAUUGGAUGCGUUACUAAUGGUUUUUUGCAUUUUCUUGAUUGUCGAUGUCUUGAAAAGAUAUUAUCUGCAGUUUCCAGUGCUAGUAUACAUAACUCUUAUCGCCGUUAUUAUUGCUGGAAUUGUUUCAUGGAUGAUUACAGCAUCUGCAACAGUUGAUGUAAUGGGCACCGUAACUAUCGGCAAUGCAUGGCACACAGUUACAUGUCUUAUGAUGGAUUCUGUGACUCAGCGGUAUGUAACGGGCUCAGGUCAACUUUUUUAUACUCAAACAUCAUCACAAACACGUACUGGAAGCACAGUAGUAUAA